UUUGAUACAACUCUGAGCCGAGUCCGUCCAGCCGGCGAUGGUAGCCGAAGGUUUGCAGCUUUUGCAUUACCUCAAUCCAGUCCCUGUUUGUGAACAGACCCAGCUCAACACUCCUGUAUUCAAGUCAAACGUCAGCAUCCAUCGCUGUGAUACUAUUCGACUCCAAAUGUCUGGUGCUGCAAUCUGCCGAAUGGCCUUCGAGGGCAAGAAGGCCGAGUUCAUCGCCGCAGUGAACAACGACACGCGCGUCCUGACGACCAAAGACGAGGACGAUCGCCAGCCCCUCCACUGGGCAUGCUCAGGAUCGCACCCCGAGAUUGUCGAGUUCAUCCUGGCUCAGCAACCGCCCGUGGACGUGAACGCAGCGGACGAUUCGGGCUGGACUCCUCUACACAUUGCAGCCUCUGUUGGAAAUGAAGGAAUCGUCCGACAAUUGCUUGUCAAGCACGCCAAUCCAACCAACACGACGGAUUCCAAGCAAACUCCGUUGCACUACGCUGCCAGCAAGAACCACCUCCCGGUGAGCAAAUUGUUGCUCGAGCAUGGCGCAGACGCGAACGCCCGGGACAACACUGGCGCAAGCCCCUUGCACCGCGCUGCAAUCAAGGGGCAUACUGCAAUGUGCAAAGCUCUUAUUGCUGGUGGUGCCAGUGUCAAUGCUCUGGAUCGGACAAAAAGCACUGCUUUGCACUUGGCUGUUUCGGAAGAGCACGGCGAGCUGGCCGUCGAACUGAUUACUGCUCACCGAGCCGACGCCUCUGUGCGGAAUGUCGAUGAGCAGUCAGCGCUCGAUCUCGCGAGUGCUCGUAUUCGCGCUUUGCUCCUUCCACACCUGCAAGAUGGCAACCCAUGAUGUUUUUGUUCGAUGCGCUUUGUUGUUGUUGUUUAAUCCGCCCAUUAAAUUUGACGCCACCUC